AUGAGUAAAAUUAAAUCAGCAACCAGUAAUAAGGAUAAUUUAAGUGAUGAAUCAAUAAAUGGGUGCAUAACUGUUGAUGAUUCCAGUUCCGAGGAUAUACAAAUAGUUUACAGUGAUGAAUCUCCCAGUGACUGUAUCCCCAUCAAAAAUUUCGUCAAUCAUUUACAGGACUCAUGCAAUGUACCGCCAAAAAAAGUGGUCAAGAAUAAAUUCAAAAGUCCAAUUACUAUAAAAACAAAUUUAAUGAAACCACUACCGAAUAUUUUACGUCAUUCAUGGUCUGCUGGAUACAAAAUUCCUCGUAGAAAAACUAAAAUUCCUCGUGAAUUUGAGUUUAAUGAAUCAAAUCUCAACGUUACGAUUGGACCGUCUAUAAUACCCGAGUCAGUAAUAAAAAAACGAGAAACUAAAAGUGAUAAGCAAAAUCAUGAAUCAUCUAGCGAAUCGCAAUAUGAAGUAGACACAUCAACAGAUUCGGAUGAAUUGGAUAACACAAUAGAUACAAAUACAUCAGUGCUGGAUGAGUCAAUACCAAAUUUAGAUGAUUCAGUUUCAUCUGAUGACAAAACAUCACUUCAUUUCUAUUGUCUGAGAAAUAAAGUAAUUUGUGCAUUGAAUGCUCAUAAACAUUUUUCAUUCCAUGGUAAAUUAAAAAUUAAAGUACUCUAUGGCGCUGUUGAAAUUUACGGAUAUACCUUAAAUAAAUCGAAUACCAUUACACCGGUAGAGAUUUAUUCACCCCGUAGUUCUAAUUUACUACGUAUACAGAGUGCGUGUAGCUCUGAAUCCAGUGACUUAGAUGAUUUAUCAGUUGCUUGGGACGCAUUGAAAGAAGAUAACAUUGACUGUAAUUCAGAAGCAUUCACGACAUUCGUUGACAAUAUCCAACCUGGUUGGUCUGUUUUUACACUCCAAAAUUUUGAUAAUAAUUUGACUGAUUUUAUCGAAAGACAUUUUUCUCAUCGUCUGUUUCCUACAUUCGAAAGUAGCACUAACAAUUGCUGGACACAACUUCGUAGAGCUGAAAUUAUUUUACAGAGUUACAUCUUUCCAACGAAGGCACGUAAACGAGUUAUUAGUUUCAAUAAUACUAAAGAAACUGUUGAAACAGUUGUUAAUGAUUUUAUAUCUAGAAAUUCAUCACGAAUAAUUCUAGCUGGUGCCAAAAAUCUUGGUAAAUCAACGACAACACGUUAUCUAGUUAAUAAAUUAUUACAAAAGACUGAGCAAGUUAUAGUACUGGAUUUUGACCCUGGGCAGAGUGAGUUUACUCCAGCGGGAUGUGUUUCUAUGAGUAUUGUUAGAAAACCACUUCUAGGGCCUAAUUUUACUCAUCUAGAGAGACCGUUUUAUCAAUUUUACAUUGGUGGAAUUGAUGUGACUCGUUGCUUGACUAAUUACAUCGAAGGAAUUAAAAAAAUAAUUGAAUGCUCAAACAAUUACUUAGACAAACAUAAUAAUUCAGUACCGGUUAUUGUAAAUACUAUGGGUUUUUGUAAAGAUCUCGGCUGGGAUAUUAUGUGUUAUAUUAUUAAGAGUAUUGAGCCGACAGAUGUCAUUCAGAUUAACUCUAAGAAGACUAAAUGUAAUUAUGAUAAUUUAUUACAGCACCAAGUUGUUAUUAAUGAGAAAAGUUCAGGAUUAAGUUGGACAAGUGUUGAUAAUACUUCAUUAAACGAAUAUAAACAUUAUCUCGUUUAUUCAGAUGCUGAGUUUCGAGGUAAAAGUGGUGAAACUUGGAACAUUGAACCUCACCAAUUAAGAGACAUUGCAAUGCUAGCUUAUUUGAGUGAUAUAACAAAAGUUAUAAAUAACACUAAAUCGUAUUUUACCUCAACAAGUAUACCAGCAACUAUCAAUGAGAUAACGCCGUAUCAAAUUUCAUUUUCGUCAGUCAAAAUAUCACUUGGAUUUCCGGUUGUUUCUCACGUACUGUCUGUUAUCAAUGGUAAUAUCGUCGCUUUAUGUGGUACUGAUUUUGAUGAUGACCAAUGUGAUACUGAGAAAGUAUCAUAUCCAAAAGUACUCGUACGAGCACCUCUAGCUACAUGUUAUGGAUUCGGAAUUGUUAGAGGAAUAGACAUGGAACAAGAAAAAAUAUUUCUAAAUACUCCAUUGUCUGUUGAUGAGUUAAAGUAUGUAAAUUGCUUAAUCGGAAGCAUCCAAGUUCCUGCUGGCUUACGACAACUUAAUAAAUCUGGUUUGCCGUAUACAAGUGGUGAGUGUAAUUUACCAACUAGUCGAGAUCCAAGAAGAGGAUGCUUUCAUAUGAAAAACCUCAAAGAUACGUCACUCUUAUCUAUCGAUGAUUAA